AUGCCCUGGAACUGCUUUUGUUGCGUCGACUCUCAGGAAGAGAAUCAGCCAGAGACCCCCAGGGUGACCAAGAAUAGAGAUUACCCUUGGGAUAUAUACCCUCUCAAGGAGCUUCUUCAUGCAACAAACAACUUCCACCAUGAUAACAAGAUCGGUGAGGGAGGUUUUGGAAGUGUGUAUUGGGGUCGAACAAGCAAAGGUGUCGAGAUAGCAGUGAAACGACUGAAGACCAUGAGCCCAAAGGCGGAGAUGGAGUUUGCGGUGGAAGUUGAGAUACUAGGGAGGGUGAGACAUAGAAAUUUGUUAGGGCUGCGUGGAUUCUACGCCGGGGGUGAUGAACGACUCAUAGUGUAUGAUUUCAUGCCUAACCAUAGCCUGAUCACCCAUUUACAUGGCCAGCUUGCGAAUGAUUGUCUUCUUGAUUGGCCAAGAAGAUUGAGCAUCAUGAUCGGAUCAGCUGAUGGCUUAUCGUACCUGCACCAUGAGGCCAAUCCUCAUAUAAUACACAGAGAUAUAAAGGCAAGCAAUGUGCUUCUAGACAAUGAUUUUCAAGCAAAAGUCGCUGAUUUUGGAUUUGCAAAGCUGAUUCCAGAGGGUGUGAGCCAUCUGACAACUAGAGUGAAAGGAACUCUUGGUUAUUUAGCUCCUGAAUAUGCUAUGUGGGGAAAAGUUUCAGAGAGUUGUGAUGUUUACAGCUUUGGUAUCUUGCUCUUAGAGAUAAUUAGCGGAAGAAAGCCAAUAGAGAAACUCCCUGGUGGAGUAAAACGUGACAUUGUGCAAUGGGCAACCCCCUAUGUCGAAAAGGGUGCAUAUAAUCACAUUGCAGAUCCAAGGUUGAAGGGCAAGUUCGAUCGUGAACAAGUGAAGUUCACUAUCACGAUUGCGAUGAAAUGUACCGAUAACAGCCCCGAGAAUCGACCCACCAUGAAACAAGUAGCGGAUUGGCUUAAGGGGGGAAUGGGAACAAGGAAGAAGGAGAUAACAAAUGUGGGAGGCAUGGAGGAUGAUGAAAAUGAAGAAAACGACGGAAAUGAUACUGAUUUUGAAGGGUAUGGAAUGGAGGUUUCUGAUAACAAAAAGGAUGCUACAAAUGCUAAAUCACAGAGAUGAUGAAUCCAAAUCUCAAUCUUUUAUUUUGGGAGACUGAUCAAAAUGUAUCUGUUUGGCCUUUGUAUUUUGUUUUUG